UGCCAUUAAAAACCUUUUCACAUGCGACCUACUUUUAUUUUGACUUGUUAUGAACUUUAUUACAACUUACAUUAGGCGUGGAAAAUGUCCCAGCUGAAAAACAGCUGAAAAGAAUUCUUUGAUGUUACAUUUUCAGGACAAAGUAUGCUCUUUCAUGAACAUGGUAACCCUAUUAUACAAGUUGCUAUUUUCUUUUGGGAAAAAAAACUAAAAUCAGGUUUGAAUCAUGCGUAUAGUAUGUGAAUAAACCUUCUAUUUUAUGAAUACUCUACUUGACAGAAUGUUUUAAACUUUACAUGUAGGUUAUUUCAACCAAAUGAUCAUUAGAAGUUGAAAUACAUGUAAUUCCAAAACCUUUUACUUAAUGUGCUUCAUUUGUAGGUUAAAGGUCAUACUAUCACACCAAGCCCAACAGUGAAGAUGGCAUCUAAUGUUACAGCCCAGUCAGUGUUGAAGAUGAUUAGUGUGGAUCAUCUUGAAUGCUCCAUCUGCACCAACCGUUUCAGGCAGCCCAAACUGCUGGACUGUUUGCAUAGUUUUUGCCUCGAAUGCCUCCAAGAGCUCAGACAGAGCCAAGAUCCUAGUGGUACAAAGCUGACAUGUCCUCUGUGCAGACGUGAAACCAUGUUGAAAGGGUCUGGGGUUGCUGAUCUCCCUAAUAACUUUGCAUUCAGUGCUCUGGUGGAGGAAGUUACAAUGCAGGAAAAGCUACUGGAAGGUCAAGGGUCAGACAUCAAAUGUCAAAACUGUAAAGAGGAGAAUCAGGCUAUUUCAAGAUGCAUGGACUGUGAUCAUUUCCUCUGUCAAGAAUGCCAAAAGGCUCAUGAACGUAUGACUGUCAUCAAUUCGCACAAAAUCUACACAUUGGCGCAACUUCGAUCAGGAGAGAUUGUCUACAAGAGUAAACUAAGAGAAGAAGUUCCCAAAUGUGGCAAGCAUCCAGAUCAGAAUCUCAAUGUCUACUGCAACACAUGUCAGCAAGUCAUAUGCACAACUUGCUCGGUACUUGAUCAUGCAAAACACUCACUCACUGGAUUACCCGAGGCAUUGGAGAAAUGCAAGAAAAGGGUUGCAGAAAUGGUCCAAAAAAGUGAGAGCAGAAAAACAGAAUUGAGCACCAUCAUAGAUGCGAUGUGCAAAUCUCGCAAGGAUCUGGACACAAUGUUUGCCAACGCUAAAAAAAACCUCUCCAAUAAGUCUCAUCGGGAGAUUACAAAGAUCCAACAGGAGCUUGCAAAGAUCCAAAAGGAAGAACAGAAAUUGAUGAAAGAGAUGGACAGGACUUAUAAUGACAGAGUCACAUCAUUUGAAGCUGCUCAAGCUACCAACAGGAAAGAGGUGACACAGAUAGAGCACAAGCUGGAGGAGGUGAAACAACUCAUGAAUCAAGCAAGUUGCCAUGAGAUUCUUGAACUUCAGCAAAAGCUUUUGCAUAACCUCAGUGAAUUGACAGGGAAACAGCCAGAGAAAUUUCCUGACAAUUUAACCUUCAUGGAUUUUGAAGAAGGUGAGAGGUCACUUGGGAGACUCAUUCUGGAGGAAGAGCCACAGGCUGCAGCAAAGCAAUCACCAAGACCUGCAAGAUCAUGUGUGGAGGAGAAAUGGAAACUGAAAACUGAAAUUGAGAACUUUGGAUUCACCCAUGCAAUUAAAUCAGUUGUUGCUGGGCUAUCUAACAAUACAAUACUUGCACUAGUCUCUAGUGCAUUUGCUGGAUAUGCCCUAUUCACAGUUUCAAUGCUCAAUAGUCACCAGAAACCAUCUCCUAUCCAACAAAAGUUGCAGAUUAAUGGCCUCACUGAUGUAAGGUGUAUUGCAGUGAGCAAGGAUGACAAGCUCCUUGCUGUAGAUGGUCCAGUAGUCAAGGUCUUCAACAAGCAACAUCAGCUCCUCCAUCAGUUCACACCAGGUAGAGGAUUAGACAGCCAACCAGCAUGCCUUGCAGUGGAUGACAGCAAUCUGAUAGCAGUGGGUUAUGAAGGCAAGGAUGAGAUAUCUCUACACAACCCAGAUGGAUCCCUCAUCAGGAGACUGCCUGCUCCAAUGAUUGAUGAUUAUCUGACAAUGUACGAACACCGCCUAAUCUACACAUCAUCCUACAGAAAAAGAUUGACAUGUGUAGACUACUAUGGAGCCAGAUUUUCAGCAGACAUGACCAGCGACAUGCCGGUGGAUGGGUACCCUACGAAUAUGUGCUGUGACAGUGAUGGCAGCAUCUAUGUUGCUGUGAGUGGAUCAACUGGUGAUAUUCUGCAUUACAGUCCUAAUGGCAAGUACAUUGGAUGUGUGAUCAAGGGAUGUGGUCGUCCACGUGGCAUCACAUUCACAUGGGACGGUGAUCUGGUAGUGGCUGCAGGAGAGUCUGUAAAGGUCUAUCACCGAGUGUAAGGACAGAUUAAUUAAACUGGGGUUAUCCAGUGUAUCCACCAACCACUUCCAUCAGACAUUGAACACUG